CCCUGGCAUGCCAGUACAUAAACCGGUACCCCCGCAAACAAUAACUACCACACACCUCUCUCUACUCCCCAUCUGUCAAUUGUCGUAUCCGUUCUCAGUUGCCGAAUCGCUCCCGACAUGGCAGGACGUUGGUCGGACGGUAUCGUCCUCAAGAUCAUUAACAUCAUCGUUUAUUUCCUCUUCUUGGGCUCAAACAUCUACACCGUCGCCGCUCCUCACGACAUCUACUAUUCAUCCAAAGAUACAUAUGUCACACCUGCACCGUGGGCAUUCUUGAUUUGGACCCUUAUUCACCUUUUGUUACUCGGUACCAUAGUUUACCAGUUUACCGAAGAAGGCAAAAGGGUCGUUAUCGACGGCAUUUCCUGGCGCUUUGCUCUGCUUGGAGUCCUCAAUGCUGUUUACGUCAAUCUUUGGGCGACGCACCACUAUAUCGUGUCCUUCAUCUUCGCCUUGUUGGUCAGCAGUAGCGUUACGCACAUCUAUUACAUUGUGAAGAAGUACCACUAUCCGUGCACCACUGGCGAUGAGAUCUUCGUGCACUUGCCCUUCUCGCUAUACCAUGGGUGGACCACCGUGCUUGUUAUCCUCUCCGCUUUCCAAGCAUUUGGUGUUGAUGCCCGCCUUCACCCCGCUGGAGUCUGGACCAAGGUCUUCGCCUUCCUUGCCUUCUUCUUCCUGGAAGGCACUGCUGCUGCGUAUGCCUUCGGUACUGUAGAAGGCGAUCUCCCUGCCUCGAUUGCUAUUACGUGGUCACUUUACGCCAUCUUUGCCCAUCAGCACGAACCUUUCGUGCACUGGAGCGCCCUUGCAUUUGCAAUCCUUAGCACAUUGUGUGUGAUCAAGGGCGUCUACGGUCUAUCCGUCAGGUACAGGCGUGGAGGCAUUAUUUUGGAAGAUGAGGAGCGUGCGCCCUUAGUCGGCGGUCGAUGAGCGAAUCCGUACCGAUUUGAACGAAUGCGGAGAUGAAACGACACGCCCUUACGUAACCUUUCCCCCCGCCCAUUGAACUGCAAACUUUAUAUUCCGUUGUUCGUGAUGGCCCCGCUCAUGUACGGUUGUAUAGUUCUCGUUUCUUGUUCCGAGCGUUGUAAGUAUAUGUAUGUACUACGAGUCCUCUUGACGACUUUGACGAACGUUGUAAUAUACA